AUGUCUAGUGGUCCACAGAAGUAUGCAUCUGUUCCGCAGAAUGAAGCCCCUGAACUUCCGGCGCACAAUUCUGAGGAAUUCGAAUUAGAAUCUCUUGAUCUCCCAAGAAACUCGGCGGAUCAACAUGAAUUAAAUGAUCUUCAACGCGAAGCUGCAGCUCUCGACCCAGAACUGCAAGAUGAUUCCGCCAAAUCUAACAUGAGAAUGGCAUUUAUGAAUAUGGCGAAUUCGAUUCUCGGUGCUGGUAUUAUAGGGCAGCCGUAUGCUUUCAAAAAUAGUGGAUUGGUUGGAGGUAUAAUAGUGUUGAUAAUCUUGACGAUAUUGAUUGACUGGACUCUUCGUUUGAUAGUCAUCAAUGCAACGAUGUCCAACACUCAUUCGUACCAGGAUACGGUUUUUUACUGCUACGGUAAAUAUGGUCGAAUCUUGUUGCUCGUAGCUAUAAGCUCCUUUGCCUAUGGAGGAUGUAUGGCGUUUUGCGUCAUUAUAGGAGAUACGAUACCGCAUGUGUUGAAAGCAUUCAUUCCGAGAUCAGUAACUCUGUUACCGGCAAUUUCAUGGCUUUUCCAGAGAAACUCAAUUAUUAUUAUUUUCACCACUUGUAUAUCCUAUCCAUUGUCAUUAAAUAGAGACAUUUCCAAACUCGCCAAGGCGUCUGGAUUUGCUUUGAUUGGUAUGCUUAUCAUCGUAAUCAUUGCAGCAGUUAGGGGCCCUUUUGCAGACCCAUCGCUUAAGGCUCCGCUCACCAAGCUUGAGUGGACAGUUAACUUGAGAAGUAUAUUUCAGGGUAUAUCUGUUAUCUCAUUUGCAUUGGUCUGUCACCAUAACACUAUCUUCAUCUACAAUUCCUUAGAACGUGCUACAAUCUCAAAAUUUGCCAAACUUACCCACAUUGCAUGUGGUGUGUCAAUGAUUUGUUGUUUAGUUAUGGGGGUUGAUGGACUAUUAAAUUUUGGUGGGAAUACGAAGGGAAACAUCUUGAAUAAUUUUAAAAGUGAUGACAAUUGGAUCAAUAUUGCUAGAUUUUGUUUUGGUUUGAAUAUGCUUACCACAUUCCCGUUGGAAGUAUUCGUUGUGAGAGAUGUUAUAAAAGACAUUAUUUUGACCGGUGAUGGAGCAAAUGCAAGCACAGCACAUCUAGAACUUUCUUCAAGGCAACAUUUUCUUAUUACAACAUUCUUGGUAUUCUCGACGAUGUCCGUUUCUCUUGUGACCUGCAACUUGGGUAUCAUAUUAGAACUAAUUGGGUCGACUUCAGCUUCAUUAAUGGCUUAUAUAAUACCGCCAUUGUGCUACUUGAAAUUGAAAUACAGUAGAAUAGAUUAUAAAUCUUUGAACACGAGUGGGAAGAGAGAUUUUAUCUUAUCAACGGCGUUACCAACUAUAGGGUGUGCAAUUUUUGGAUGUCUUGUUAUGUUCAUAAGUAGUUAUCUGAGUAUAAGAGAUAGCAUCCACGAUAAGAAUGCUGGACAUUGCGUUGAGGAAUGA